AUGGCUGGUGUUACUCUGCCUUGUAAAACUUUUGUUGGAAGGAAUGGGAAUGCUUCCUGUCAAAAUCCCUUUUUUACCACGGAGUCGGCAGGUGUUCCCAGUACAGCAAUUAGAGAAAUCUCUCUCCCGAAAGAUUCUACAAACCCUAAUAUUUCUUUACUUCUUGAUGUGGUACAUAGUCAGAAGAAGCUCUAACUAGUUUUUGAGUACCUGAAUCAGGAUCUUAAAAAGUACAUGGACUCAUCCCAUACAGGGGAUCUGCCCUUAAGUUUAGUCAAGAGCUACCUUAACCAACUGCUACAAGGAGUGGGCUUCUGUCACUCCCACAGAGUUAUACACAGAGACCUGGAGCCUCAGAAUUUGCUUAUAAAUGAAACGGGGGCCAUCAAAUUAGCAGAUUUUGGCUUAGCUAGAGCUUUUGGUGUUCCAUUACGUACUUACACUCAUGAGGUUGUAACCUUAUGGUAUCAUACUCCUGAAAUCUUGCUGGGUUGUAGAUACUACUCAACAGCUGUGGUUAUCUGGAGUAUUGGCUGCAUAUUUGCAGAAAUGGUAAUAUUCUUAAUUUUGCUUCUAAAAUUAAAGGGCAUAGUGUUUAUUUCUCAUGAAAAUCCCAUUGUGUAUACCUUUUCUAUGUUCACAAAACACCUCCUUUCCCUUUACAAACAGUUUAAGGGCAAGAGCCGAAAUGCUUUUUGCGACUAA